ACUUUUGUUCGCUAAACCUUUGACCGACCAUCUUAUAUUUCCCUUUUCCCGAAGGGGUCCGAUGAUUGUAGGUUUAAAGACAACAUCCUUCUGGCUUGUUGUGCUUGAUAUGACGAUCUCGUUAGACGUGGUUGAGCAGUAAAGAAAAAAGCCGUUUGACCAUUCACAUUCACGUUCUCCCAAUUCAGGGUCCCCCCUGUCUCUUCCCCCACAGACCAGGAUUCCGGGUGGUUACCCUCCGCCUUUUGCACGUACAUACAGGACGCACUACUGUAAUGCCCUGCUACUCGAUCCACACUAGCUAGGAGACUUGUAACCACAUAAUGCCGACGUAUCUGUGCCACGGAUUUCGCUGGCAUCGCCCAAGCAUACGAUAUUUCGUUGUUAUCCAGAACGUUGACGACGUCGCGUCGGAAUGGAUUAUAGCGCGGCAGAGUCCCGUCGCCCUCCUUAACCAAUUCUACGAGCUAUUCGACUUCCUACCUCCUUGUCCCCGUCUGGCACAAAAUCUAAGCCCCUCGCCCCAUCACAUUCGCAAUGACUUCCCAGCAAUAAAUGGACACGCCUAUUCACGCACACGUCCAUGCAGCGGCCAAGGGUACAAGGAGGAGGUUGCCCAAUUUGAAAAUAACAAGAACAGAAAUGGCAGUCGACGGAGCAAACUGUCUAGUCGCAGCAAAGCCUCAGAGCAGCUACCGACGACCAGGCAACGCGACAAGUUAACUAUAUUUCCAGCGUCGGAACUACCAGAUCCUAACGACGACGACAUACCGUUCAAUGAUUGGUCUAUCGUGAAGUUUUUGGAAGAAUUUGAUCCGUCAGAUUUGACCACCGUAAGCGGACAAUGGGCAUAUGUGGCAGAUUAUGUGGUACGCAUAGACACUUCGAUUUCAGUUGCAGAAGAAAUAAGUCGAUACGAGACGCGGAUGAAGACGGAACCUUACAAGCCCAUGAGCGGCAUGAGUGAGGAAACUUGCCAUAAGGUAAAUACAUACGGCAACAAGAAAGCAGGAUGGUUUGAGAAACUUCGCGAUCAACUGCAAAGAAAAGAGAGUAUCCGGUGGUAUGUCGUGGUCUGUGGUGAUGAAGAGCGUAUCGGUAUCGAAUUAACUGAGAACCAAGAAGCGAAAGAUGAAAGGGUUAAAGCUAAUGGUAGCGAGAGCCAAUCAUCUCAAGGAUUUAUCGAGGAUGGAUUUGAAUUCCGUUUCCCAGAAUUGUUAGUACCACGCCGGGGCACAGAACAGGGGCCGAGACGUCGAAGAGUUGAGAAAAGUAUGACCAAACAGAGUCAGACGCAUUUGCCGAACAAUGAGCAGCUAGCUACCCCCCUUCCUCCUACUUCUCUACAAGCAACUCGUAAAAUGUCGAUAGACCAUACUAUCAAGCACACGGGUUCCAGGUUCGGCAGCGGACUUAGAAAGCUAUUCCCAAGGCGAAAAGCUGAUGGUCUAACCUAAAAUAUGUGCUUGAGAGUGGCCUGACCAUUAGUCCUUUCAAUAUCCUAGGCCUUUUUCCCUCUCAUCGCAAUUAACUGCCUCAGUACUCAAGGAGACGC